AUGGGGAAGAAGAAAAAAACAAAUGGAAAAAAAGGCGGGAACAGAUUUUUUCGCUGGAUUAGAAGCGAUUUGCCCGAUGAAGAGGAUAAAAAGUCACCUGUACUCCUUUUGGGAGUAAAUAAAAUUUCCGAUUCCCCGUUCUGCGUAAGACGACGAAUUACAGACUCCCAUUCAUCUGGAUCGAUAAGAUUUUUCCGUCCCCCUAAAUCUAAAUAUACUAGAGGCUUAAAUGGAGAUGAGAGACUUGAAAAGAUCAGACAAGAUCUCCUUGUUCACAAACACAAACCAGAUACCUACAUUCCAAGACCCAGCCAUGAGGUUUCCUUAGAGCCAGAAAACCAACCGUGCAUAAAACUAAGCUGUGUGGGUAAUUGCAUCUGCGACAGAAAGAAAUCCUCAUCAAACAGAGGCUCAUUCUCAUUCCACAGACCAGAAAAUAGACAUUCGUCUUUAUGCCCAUCCGAGCCGUAUGGCUCUAAUAAAAAAGAGGACAGUGACAUAGAGUUCAAGUACACAGAACACAUUCCAGAUGUCCAACCAUCUAGCAGCAAGCAACAUUCUUACAACGUCACUCCAAAAUCAGUAGAAAGAAGACAUUUUUUACUCGAUCUCAAUGAGAGAUUCCGAAAAACACUAAGCUUGGACUCUCGUAAAGUGGAAACAAACCGCACUUUGAGCAUCCCCAAAGAGACUAGACCUAAAUCUCUUGUUAAUACCAGCAACAUUUGCGUGCAAUAUAAAUCUGGUGACCCUUUCCUACCGACAAAUUUUGACAAAGCCAGCCAACCGAAAAAAAAACGAAAAUCAUUCUUCUCAUUAGAUACAUUUUUCGAUUCCAAAAAGUCAGAUACAUCAUCCAUAGACGAUUACGUUUCAUCAAAAUACAAACGUUUCGAGUUGGAAAGCGAUGACUCACCGCUCUUCCGACGAUCUAACGGUGAAAAGACACCCGAUCUGCUAAAUCUGCCCGUCAUCAUCGACUCUGUGCGGAAAAAGCAAUCCGACACGAAAAGGCAGUUAGAGAAAUUGGAAAAUCAUUUCUAUAAGAGUUUAAAUAAGCGUACAGUUAUUGACGCCAUACCAGCCGACGCGACAGACGCACAAGGCUCAAGCGGACAUUCCAAUCAAUUAUUCAUAUAUGACGAUGACGUUGAAUACAUAGAGCCUAUUCGAAGUAAUUUUACAAGUCAAAGUACGUUGAUAUUGGACAAACAUAACCCUGGAGAUGGCACAUUGAAGCCUGACUCUAUUCUAACUAUAAAUACCGAUGAUACUGACAUAAAACUUCCGAAUUCGGCUUCCCCGAACGAUGUAACAUCGAAUGAUUUGGAUAGCAUAGGAGCAUACGAAAUAGAGGUGAAAGAGUCCGACUUAAAGAGUUGUUCGAAGAAAUUAGUUGUCAAAGUGAUGGAUAAGUCGGUAGAUUCUAUAGGAAGUUGUUCGCUGGACGUCGACGCGAGUACAGAUUUUUCAGAUACCACGUCCGGAAGUUUGAAUCUCCUCACACCGUCGUCUACUACUAGUCGGAUAAGGGAUUUCACGUCUCGAAUACAAGAACGUGUGUCUUCGAAUCUCCAACCCAAUUUAACACCUCUAGCGCCAAUAUCGCCAGCCAGGACUCCUGACGAUGCCACACCAACCCCUCGAAAGACAGAAAAUCUCUUAAAACCCCCUCCAAAGAUACACAUCGACUCGGCAAGUCAUAGGUCGAGAAGUCACCACAAAAAACGUGACGAAAGUCCUCACAAGAAACCUAGCUAUUUAAACCUAGCCUGUUCAGUCAAUGGUUACACGAACCUCACGACUUACGAUUCAAAAUUACGGCAAGACAUCAACAAGAGUCGGGAGGCAUCACCUAUCAGACCUAUAACACACACUUACCAGUAUCGAAGUGAAAAUAACUCGCUCCUCGUCCCAGUGCCUGUCAGUGCUAACAAGCUGUUGGUACCAACUUUUGGACCUCAUGAUACUCGCACCAAUUUGACACCAAAAGCGCCUUCCAAGGCGCACACGGAUCCUCAAAUCGCUUCUCCAAUACAUGCCUAUAUGGCUGCCGAAAAUAAACAGUUAAAAAACGAUUUUUUAGGCCCUAGUAUGACGACGACGAGUCGUCCCUACAUAUCAAACGAGAGCAAAAACUUCGCAGCAUCCAUGUUGCAUCACAAAGAUGAGGUAGACAACGCAAAGGAAUUGACUUUUAAGUCUAGUUUCUCGGAGACCAACUUCCGACAAACUGUUGCGACGAAUGGCAAAGAGACUAGAUUUACCUCGGAAUCUUAUACGAUAUCCUCAAAUGGUGUAUCGAAACGAGUGGAAAUCACAAAGGAAAAUGGAGAGAAACUCACCAGUCCUAUGAAAAGUUUUAUACAGCAGCGAGUUGAGCGCUUAUAUGGGCCAGGGGCGCUUGCGCAGGGAUUCUUUAACCAGAAACGUCAUAAAACGAAUAGUGUCGGUGAUGAUGAAGAUCCAAAAGUACUGACAGAGAAAUCUCUUAACUGUCCCAGCGAAAGAUUUGCGUCUCCCCGAAAAUCUAAUGAGAGUUUUGAUAGCGAAAACAUAUACACUAGCCCUAGUUCCGAGGAUCCCACGGUGUUACCAGUUCUUAGGCAUCUCAGGCCUGAAUUUCGUGCACAAUUACCCAUAUUAUCGCCAAGGAAGAGCUUAAAAUCGGAUCUUUCCCCUCAAAAAGUAGACGACAUUCCCGAACCCAAAAAGACUGAAGAGGACACUAGUGAUGUGACAAAUGGUGUUUCUGUGAUAAAUUUAGAUGAUUCUGUGAAUGAGUUAAACGGUGUGAACGGUAGUAGUGUUGGGAAACCAAACGGCGAUUUGGUGAAAGACGCACAUUAUUUCCUGGGAUUGGAAAAGAAAGAGACUGAGAGGUUGAUUGCUUUAGCCGUUGGAGCUGAAAAAGAGCUCGAGAAUUUACAGGAUCAAGAUAAUGUGAGUGAAGAAGUCCUGGGACUGUUGCGUGCUGCGUCCGGCAAAGCGCGACUGUUGGCCACACAGAAGAUGCAACAAUUUGAAGGCCUCUGUUACAACAACAUAAAUGAACGCGGUGACGAACCAUUCCCGACUACUCUGGAGGAUCUUCAAGGUUUCUGGGACAUGGUCUGCCUGCAAGUGCGCAAUGUGGACGCUCUGUACGAGCAUAUUGAUAUGCUCAAGAAGAAUAAUUGGCAAGAGAUAGCAUCACCGGUGACCAAGCCGCAGUCGUCGCCGGCACGUCGGGCGCCUCGAAAUCCGGCGGUGAAAAAUGAGAAGAUGAGACUCGCCGCUGAGAAAAGGGAGGCUGAUAGGAAGGCACUGUUGGAGCAACGCAGACGUGCAGCACGUGAAAGGCUAUUGGCAGCAAAAUCUAUGCCAGUCAAGAAAGGCGAUGAUAUGCCUGUAGAGGGUAUUCAGGAGGUAGAAAUCUACGUUGGGAAAAAUGUGAAACAAAACCCUCAAGGCGACUCCACAGAUCACAGU